UUGGACAUCUUCGAUCUGCCUAUACCUAUCGCGAUUUUCGUAGUGAUUUCUUGGAUCUUCGUGUGCUCUGCGACCUUUUGCAUUUGGGAACGUGACUGGGACUACUUCGUCGCGUUCUACUUCUUUUUCAUUUCCCUAAGGCAACACAAUCGGGUUGGGCGACAUCACACCGACACAGCCAAAAUAUCUACUCAUGCUGUUUAUCUACAUCAUCAUCGGAUUAUCACUCGUUUCUAUGCAAAAUUGGAGCGAACGUACGAAGCUGGUCGGAUGCAGGAGUUGGAAUUGGAGGCUGUAGGAUUGCUCGCAGAGCCGAAACGGCCACAACGUCGGGGGAGCAGCUUGGGUACUGAACGCACUUUUCUAGAAAUUGCGAUUCAUUUUCCUCAG